AUUCAGGGCUGCAGUGGUCGGAGUGGAGCCGCCCCCUUGUGCAACGUGCCGCUCUGUUAACUCCUGCAGCGGCCACCUUCACCCGCCGCUCUUCCUGUACCUCCAGCCUUGCUCAAUCGUACUGCAGCUAAUGAUAUCAUACCUACUAGUACCGUUUAUGCAGCUGUUAGUGUUUCCUAAGUCACGCCGAUACUAUUCUAAUGUUGCAUUGUUCGUGUCCGGCGUAGUGCCGUGUUUGUUUCCACUUGUUGCUGUUGUCACAUAGUUGCACUCCCGUUGCAAGUGAUCAACUGGCCGGCGUUAAUGGAACCCAUUAAGUAAAAGACUCUUGGAACUCAAAACAAUUGUGAAAUUGUAAACAAGCGGAACAAAGGAUGUAAACAUGAAAUUCUUAAAGUCGACAACAUAUCGCAGGCGAGGGGCGGCCGCGCACAGUCAGCUUCCUACCGCACGGGUUGUGCAUACCUCGGCCUCGCGACUCGCGACACACACACGUUGUGCCCACGGUGCUAGCCAGUGCAGUGCUCGAUACUACUACUAACCAGAGUAUUCAUCUACCAAGGACAUCAUAUCCUGAAUAAAUAAUUAGAAAUAUUAAUCAAAUAAUGAUAUACGGCUGCAGUAUCUACCGCGUACGAUACUACCGCUAGUUGUGCCACUGAACACAACCACCGCCUCUUAUGAAUAAACUAAUGGAAGUGAGCCUCACUAUAGGCUGUGAUAUAGUUUCCAUUUCUCAAACAAGAAUCGUUCAAUAUUCCUCCGAUCUACAUACCUCGGAGCGUAUUCGAAGAUAAUGCGAAGGUUUCCUCCAAUUUGAUAGCCGGUAACCAAGUAGAAUAUGAGGGUGCAAUGAGUGCUAACGUAACAGAUGAAUUAUGUAAGAUUUGUGACGGACGCAUAGAGUGCGCGCCCACCGCCAUCCUGCUGAUCUCGCUGGUGCACACGCUGUACGGGCACAUCGGGCCCGAGCCGGACUACUUCGGCAAGAACAAGCGCAACCUGCUCAAGCAGGUGGAGGAGGACGGCAAGGCGCCCUACAAGCACUUCACCUACUUCGAUCGGUUCCCCGAGGACCACAGCAAGAGGAAGGGCAGCGCGGACACCGAUGGAGACUAUGACUUCGUCGUGGUGGGCGGCGGGACGGCGGGCUGCGUGCUGGCCAGCAGGCUCUCCGAGAACAGGAAGUGGAAGGUUCUCAUGAUUGAAGCCGGACCAGAGGAACCCAAGAUGGCUCUGAUACCCGGACUGACGAGCGAGUUCAAAGGGUCCAGCGUGGACUGGCAGUACUCGAUGCGACCAAAAAAGGGGUUCUGUCAGAAUCGAGGUGAACGAGGCUGCGAGGUAGUGCAGGGCAGAGUGCUCGGAGGGACCUCCUCCAUCAACGAUAUGGCGUACAUGAGGGGAAGUCCGGCUGACUACGACGAGUGGGCCGUCAGUGGUAAUGACGGGUGGUCUUUCAGCGAGGUCCUGCCUUACUUCAAAUACUCCGAAGGAAAUUACGACAAGGAUAUAUCGAAAAACAAGUUUUUUCAUUCAACACAAGGACCGCUCGACGUCGGCCGCUAUCCUUACGUCGAUGACAACGUGGACGUGCUGCUGAGUGCACUCAACGAACUGGGAUACAACUACACCGACGUGAACGGCAGACACCAGCUCGGGUUCAUGAGGAUACAGACAACAUCGUACUUUGGUGAGAGAGUCAGUGCAUUCACAGCGUUCAUUGAACCCAUUAGGAAGUUAAGGUCUAAUCUAGAAAUAUUAUCAGAAGCUUUAGCAACUAAAAUACUUUUUGACGAUAACAGAGAAACAAUCAAAGCUGUCGGUGUAGAAUAUAUCAAAAAUGGUACAAGAAUGAAAGUCAAAGCAGCGAAAGAAGUUAUACUGUGUGCUGGAGCUAUAAACAGUCCAAAGUUACUAAUGCAAUCAGGAGUAGGACCUAAGGAAUAUUUAGAAUAUUUAGACCUAAAAGUAGUUUAUGACCUCCCAGUUGGAGGAAACUUUCACGAUCACUUGUCAGUGUGCCUGCCAGUUAUAAAACUAACGAAAACGUCAACCACAUCAAAGUUCCCUGAGAAACUAAAAGACAUCACCACAUAUUACUCCAAAGGCGUCGGACCUUUGUCAGCUAACUUCCAGGUGGUGGCGUUCUUGGAGACUACAAUAUCUGACAUUUUGGGAACUCCCGACAUUGAGGUGCGGUUCAAAGGACACGACUCCAACAUGUAUUAUGACAAGAUCGAAAUGUGUGUAUCGUUGUUGACUCCUAAAAGUCGCGGUCAGGUAGUUUUAAACGCCUCCGACCCGAUUUUCGGAAAACCUUUGGUUUACCCGAACUAUUUAAAAGAUCCUACUGACGAGAAAAAGUUAUUAGAAGGCAUACAGGAAAUUGUUAAACUAUUCGAUACAGACGUUUUCAAGAGCGCGGAGUAUGCCUUCGAUCCUCGCCCAAUACUGAAUAAUGACUGCAAGGACCAUGACCGCGUGUCGGAAGACUUUUGGUUGUGCAUCAUCAAACAUUUCUCGACACCGUUACACAACUACGUCGGCACGUGCAAAAUGGGUACGUCAAAGGAUCCUGAUUCAGUUGUAGAUAAGAAUUUACGAGUGUACGGAGUGAACAAUUUGCGAGUCGUCGAUGCGUCUAUAAUGCCAAAAAUAACCCGCGGCUCCACCGCGGCGCCUGUUAUAAUGAUUGCCGAGAAAGCUAGUGAUAUAAUAAAAACUACUUGGUAUUAAUGGUCUUUUUAUUUCCCCAAUACGAACGGUCGUCAC